ACGUUCGGAGUCCAGCCUCCCGUUCGUCAAGAUUUUCUCGCCAUGCAGCACCACGGGUUCGCCCUUCGCCUCGCCUCGGCCUUCGGCCUCGUCGCAAUCAUCUUCGUAGCGACAUCGAGUGCCACUGACCCACAGCCGCUACUCGGAACGGUCGUCAGCUUUACCGGCGCAAAGGACGCCAGCGCGACCGGGGGCGGCGAGCCCAUCGCGAUGUCCUUCAGCGCCGCGGCGCUCUGCAACGACGUGCCGCGCGACCUCCUCGUCGCCGCAGGGGCGGCGGGCGACAUCAGCCUGAGCGUCGCAUGGAACGCGUCGCCAGACGUCGUUGUCGUCAGCACUGGCGAUAGUAGUACGUCUCAGCAGGCCGUUACUGGCAACACUGCGCCACUUGUCACCAGCAGCGGCAAUACGGAGCAAUCUGUUGCCGUCACGGGCAGCACGGAGCAAUUUGUUGCCGGCAGCGGUGACGCCCAGCAGAUUCUCGCCGGCAGCAGCGGCGGUACUCAGCAAACCCUUACCGGCAAUACACUGCAGGUCAACGGCACCAGCGAUACUGAGCAAGUUCUGACCGGUGCUACUCAGCCAAUUCAUAUCAGCAAUACUCAGCAAAAUCUUUCUGGCAGCGGCGGUACUCUGCAAGUCACCGGCAUCGGCAAUUCUGAGCAAGUUCUGACCGGUGCUACUCAGCCAAUUCAUAUCAGCAAUACUCAGCAAAAUCUUUCUGGCAGCGGCGGUACGCUGCAUGUCACCGGCACCGGCAAUACUGAGCAAGUUCUGACCAGUGCUACUCAGCCAUUUCAUAUCAGCAAUACUCAGCAAACUAUUUCUGGCAGCGGCGGUACUCUGCAAGUCACCGGCAUCGGCAAUUCUGAGCAAGUUCUGACCGGUGCUACUCAGCCAAUUCAUAUCAGCAAUACUCAGCAAAAUCUUUCUGGCAGCGGCGGUACGCUGCAUGUCACCGGCACCGGCAAUACUGAGCAAGUUCUGACCAGUGCUACUCAGCCAUUUCAUAUCAGCAAUACUCAGCAAAAUCUUUCUGGCAGCGGCGGUAUGCUGCAACUCUCUGGCACAGGCAAUACUCAGGAAAUGCUUACGGGUGGUACUCAGCAAAUCACCGACACCGGCAAUACUGUGGAAAUGCUUACGGGUGGUACUCAACAAAUCGCUGGUGGCGCCAGUGGUACUGUGCAGCUUCACGCCAGCAAUGGCACUCAGCAAACUCUCACCGGCAGCAGCGGUGCUCAGGAGAUUCUCACCAGUGGCGGCACCGGGCAAUUUCUACCAAGCAGCAGCAGUACAGAGCAGAUUCUUCCUGGCAGUGGCACUCAGCAGAUUCUCACUGGCAGCGGCACUCAGCAAAUUCUCACUUCCAGUGGCAAUGAGCAGAUUCUUACGGGGGGCGGCAAUACAGAGCAACUUCUUACUGGCAACAGCGUUAGUGAGAAAGUUCUAGCUGGCAGCAACGAUACUCAGCAGCAGCAGCAGCAGCAGCAGCAGCAAGCUGCGGCCGCCAUGAGUGCAUGCAGGAGUCUCUCCUUUUACUCCGACCUGGGCUGCAGGGGAAGCCCCAGCCUCACGCUCGCGCGCCCCUUGAGUGUCGGCGGCGCCUACCCUGCCACGGAACGGGCUUUCACUGCCUCCGAGUUGCCGGGUUCAGUCAAGUGCGAAAUCAGCACCGGCGUGUGCGACAACACAAAUUGCGGAGCAGCUGACUGCGCUGUGAAGGCUGAUGGCACUCCCGAGUGCGUGUGCAAGGAGAGCCUUGUCUUCAACGCUCAAGACAAGACAUGCAAUGCCCCAGACCCUUCUGUCUCCGCUCCCCUCCCUGCCUCCGUGCAAGCCCCAGACCCCUGUGCAUCAGUGCAGUGCCCGCAGAAUGCGCAGUGCAGAGUGAAGGACGGGAGGGGGGUUUGUGACUGCGAUGCUGGCUACACCAAGAGGAACGGCCUUUGCACUGCGCUUUGCAAGCCUGCAUGCCCCACCAAUGCAAGGUGUGUGGUGGUCCAAGCCAAGCCUGCCUGUUUGUGCAAGAAGGGUUACAGGAUGAAGAGGAACAAAUGCACGCGUUGAGCAUGGGUGAGGGAAUUUCCAAGCUUUGAGCAAGGGGUGGGUGAUUUGUUAAGCUACAAUGAGCAUAUAGGGGGUUUCUUUUGUCAUCCUUUCUCUUCAACAAACUGCAAUUACAUGCCUGACUCUUGAGUAACCAUAAGCCAUAUCUCAUGGUAUUCUCG